CUCUGUCUGGCCCAGGAGGAGCCGCCACCAUUGCGUCGAACGAGUGGAGCGCGAACGGCAGCCCAGAGGAGGGGCGGGACGAUGGGGCCGAGGGGCUGGACAAGUCCAUGGAGGGGGACGCCGAGGGGGUCUGGAGCCCCGACAUUGAGCAGAGCUUCCAGGAGGCGCUGGCCAUCUACCCGCCCUGCGGCCGACGCAAGAUCAUCCUGUCCGACGAGGGCAAGAUGUACGGUCGCAAUGAGUUGAUAGCGAGAUAUAUCAAGUUACGGACAGGGAAAACCCGCACAAGAAAACAGGUUUCUAGCCAUUUGCAGGUUCUUGCCAGGAGAAAAUCUCGCGAGAUUCAGUCAAAGCUGAAGGCAAUGAACUUGGAUCAGGCUUCGAAAGACAAGGCCCUGCAGAACAUGGCUGCUAUGUCGUCGGCACAGAUCGUGUCUGCGAGCGUGAUGCAGAACAAACUGGGGCUCCCCCCUCUACCCCAGCCCCCCUACCCUCCGCCGGCCAGGCAGUUUUGGACGGGGCCAAUCCCAGGCCAGCCCGGCCCUUCUCAGGACAUCAAACCGUUUGCACAGCCAGGGUACUCCCUUCAGGGCCCAGUCCCCCCUCCUAUAUCUGUAGGUUACGAGCCCAUGGCUACACCCCUGCCCCCCGCAGCCACGGCAGUCCCAGUGUGGCAGGACCGCACCAUCGCCUCCACGAAACUACGCAUGCUGGAGUACUCGGCCUUCAUGGAGGUGCAGCGAGACCCCGACACGUACAGUAAGCACCUGUUUGUGCACAUCGGCCAGACGAACACAUCCUACAGUGACCCGCUGCUGGAGGCCGUGGACAUCCGGCAGAUCUACGACAAGUUCCCAGAGAAGAAGGGGGGUCUCAAGGAGCUAUACGAGAAGGGCCCGCAGAACGCUUUCUUCCUUGUCAAGUUCUGGGCGGAUUUGAACAGCAGCAUGCAGGAUGGGCCCGGAUCCUUCUACGGGGUCAGCAGUCAGUACAGCAGCGCCGACAACAUGACCAUCACCGUCUCCACCAAAGUGUGCUCCUUCGGCAAGCAGGUCGUGGAGAAGGUGGAGACAGAGUAUGCUCGAAUGGAAGGAGGACGCUUUGUGUACAGAAUCCACCGCUCUCCCAUGUGUGAAUACAUGAUCAACUUCAUCCACAAGCUGAAGCACCUCCCCGAGAAGUACAUGAUGAACAGCGUGCUGGAGAACUUCACCAUUUUACAGGUCGUUACAAACAGGGACAGUCAGGAGACCCUGCUGUGUAUAGCCUUCGUGUUCGAGGUGUCCACGAGCGAACACGGGGCGCAGUACCACGUCUACAGGCUCGUCAAGGACUAGGGGUCCUGCGGGGGAGCUGGCCACCACGCUGCCUAAAAAAAAAAGAUUUGUAAAACCAAAACAAAAAAACUAUUUUAUAGCACAGUGGGUAUUUUGUACUUCAGUAUCAGUUUUGUAAAAUAGGAAAUGUAUGAAGUUUAAAAAAAAAAAAAAGAACUAUGCACUGUUUUGUGUAAGGGCAAAUCUUUUUUUUUUCUUUUUUUGUAUUUAAACCGGUUGCAUCAGUAAUGUUCCUUAAAUUUUUUUUUUUUUUUCAGGGAUGAUGUUAAUAUUAGUUUCUGUGUUGAGGGAAAAUAAGAAGGUACAGAGGAAUAAUGUGUGAGAAAAGACAAAGAGAAAAGUGACUCAAAGCUCUGGUUUAUCUGCAGCAGCCGUACCUCUCCAAUCAGGCAAAAUGAGAAGACAGCUUUCUUUUAAAGAGUCAGUUGAAGGACCACACAGGGGCAGCAAUACAAAUCUGACUUGCUUUUCCCUUCAGUUUGAAAUUGAAACUCGGUGAUGUCCCAUGAGGUUUACUAGAAGUAAACCUUUGCAUUAGCUUUUAUAUUGAAGAAUGCUGGUAGCCUUAAUUAGGUUUCCUUUUAAAAUAUUGACAUGGGGCGUCUCUGCCCGUCUGCCCCAGCUCUGUCUUCACCAGGGGCUCCAUAUGCUUUGGCUGUGGAGAUCUUUCAUUUCAUAUACAUACAGAUAACGCACUCCUCCUGCAAACAUUUCAGUAAAAAGAAAACCAGCUGUGCUGACAGCACUGGGACGAUGUGCAGAUGGGUCUGUUUUAAGCAUGAGAAACCCAAAAGGAUUCUGGUCUUGAGCACAGGCGCACAGAGCCUGCUUGAAUGGUUCUGUAUCAAGUGGAAAAGACAUUUGUGAUGCAAACGAAGGGAGCUGCACAGCGAAGGUCCUCUUAAUAGCUUGGUUAAUAAUAAGCUGCACUCCUGUUAAUAUCGCUGACUAAACGGGGCUCUGCAGUGGGCUAGCCCAUGUCUCGUGUCCCUUCUUCAUUUCCCUAGGCUGUACUGACCUCUAGUGGAAAGCCCUUGGCACUGAAAAAGAGACACAGCACACUGGUCUUUACUAAUGUAUUUCUGUUUUGUGUUUUGUUUUCUUUUCAAAUAUCUAAUGUGAAGUGUCCAGUGUAUGUUUGUGCCACAUUGUCGACACAGUGACUGUCAGGCACCCAGGUCAGUUAGUCCUGCACCCCGUUGGUCAGUGUAUUACGAAAUCCUCUUUCUUUCACCGGCUUGCUUCUCUGCACAGUGUUUCAGAACGCAUGUGGAACCCCCACAAAGAACACUGGAGUAGCUACAUACCAGGAAGUGGGGAUCUCGAAUCUAGAACUGUGACCUUUUAAUCUCUAAACUCAACUUUGAGGUUUUGGAUUUUAUUUUGUAUGAUAUUUUUUUUUUUUUUUAAAUCUAAAACAUUUAACUACAGGAGCUGUCUUUUUAAAAUGGCAUCAUCUUCUGCUUGCUUUUUGAACAUUUUGUGACACUAAAAAAAAAAAAAAAAAAAAAAAAUUCCUACCACAUCUUGAAAGAGGGUACAGUGCCUUUUAUAACCAGUGCAGCUGAAACGUGUUAAACAAACUGUCUUUACCCAAAGAGAACGGUUGCUUUAGGAGAGGCUGCGGAGUGAAGGGAGGGGAUGUGUAACAUGGGAAGUCUGGGGGACUCUGUGUAUGUUUUCUGUGCCGUGAUAUCAGAGCUGUAAGUCCGAGCAGCACAGAUCCUGUUGUGUGUCGUAGAUCUGCCACGAGGGGGGUGUGAGCGCCAAAGAAGCGUCAUCUGACUGUUGGGGAUUUUUGGCAAGGGGGUAAAUACCUGAAUUAUUUGGAUGAUUGUGUUUAAAUAUAUUCUAGUAAGGAUAAAACGCUAACUUUUUUUUAGUUCCUUUUUUUUUUUUAAACCAACAUUUAGAGAUUUUGAAAACUGAUUGUGAACGUGGUUAAAUUCUCCGAGUGCUUUGGGGUAAAUGUCUGGAUUGCUUUUGUGCCACUCUGUAUUAUUAAUUCUUUUCAAACAAAAGCAGGUAGGGAUAGAUACUUGCUGAAACUUCAUUCAGCAUCACUUUUAUAUCUCGCAUAAACACAGUUGAAGCAGGUUUGUCAAAUGUGUAUCUUGGUUUAAGAAAGAUAUUGCCAAACUGAGUUUAUUGUACUGUAUAGCACUUCCUACUACAGUAGCCCUGGUCACUAGGGGGUGCUGUUUUUACCUGGAUACAAGCGCAGUCUCCCGGGCUGCAGUUUGACUCGGUGACGGCCCCCCCUUCCCAGCUCGCUGUGCUGUCAAGUAGCAAAUAAAAACGACAGCUCAGAACUACUCCUGAGUCAACUCGCCGUUUAUACAUGCCUCUCUACAAACACCAUCAGCUCUGUGCUGCUCCACGACAGGAAACAAUAGGGCUGGGGGGGGGCAGGGGGUCUUCCGUUUCAGCAGCUUGUAACCGUAAACAAGUAAACAGAACAGCUGCGCUCACACUUGUGAAUGUACUGCCUGGAGGGUCCAGUAGAGGGCGUGACGCUGGAAUACACUACAAGCAGCCCCAGAUGGAGGAUGGCCAGUGUCUGUGAAACAGGUUUCACCGAUCCCCAGUGAUGCCUGGCUGGCUUUCUCUAAGCUUUUCAAACAGGCAUGCCCCUGAGCAAGGUGUGUGUGUGUGUGUGUGUGUGUGUGUGUGUGAGUGAGUGAGUGAGGUGGUAGUGAGCGAUGUUUAGGAUGUGUAUUGUUACACUGACGGGGGGAGGGGGGGGGGGUAUGUGGUGGUGCAGUCUGUCCUUGGUUCCUACUAAUGUGUUGCAUUCUUGUAUAUUGUGUUGCCUGGAGCGUGAGGGGUUGGAUUAUAUAAUCAGUGUAUUGUGUAUAACCUUCCAAUAAAAAAGCAUGGUGCCUACAGA